GUGUUGUCGUUUUGUUUUGGGAUUCCUCGAUUUCUGUUCUAAUUUUGUUCCGUCGAUGACGAAUUUGUCGAAUCGAGGGCGUUGUCGUGCCCCUGAAACGGAUUUAUUCUUAGCCCACAGAGUCGAUGAUCGCUCGUAAUUGGAAUGUGAUAACACGAGAUUGUCUAAAAAUGUUCAAAAAAGUGUUCAUCGACCCAUUUUCUCGUCAUUCAAAUGUAAAUACGUCGAUGAUGAAUGAAAUGCUUGUCCCUGAACUUGUUAUUUAUUGUUGUCUUAUCGCUGAUUGGGAGAGAGUGUUCCUUAAAAUAAAUUACUCUCGCUGUACGCACCCGGUGCUCGAUUCAUCGUUGGAUAAUUUGAUUUUGAUUCGUUGCCAAAUCUUUGAGAAAAUCUUAAUCAACAAUCCUUCUGCUUCCGCAACGUAUAAAAGUAGCAACAGACGCCUGCAAUAAUUUUAGUUUCGUUUUGAUUGCUCGCGAGAUAAGAAGAAGAUAAGUGCGAUGGUUCAACAAUCAUUGCUUUCAACGUCAACUGCGAAUGCGGAUCAUUCGCUCGCUGUGUGUGACACACAUCGCAAACUUUAUUUCACGCUCGAACUGAAAGACGUGCAAGCCAAACAAGGCACUUCGGUGAAAUUAACGUGUUCUGUGACAGGAUUCGAUCCCGUUUUCAAAUGGUACAAAGAUGCUCGUCCCCUUUCGUGGAACACAAAUUGCUUGAACAUGACAAAAGGCGUCAUUGGAACCGUUCGUCUUGCUCGUUUAACGCCUCAGGAUGCGGGCGAAUACAAAUGCAUCGUACAAAAUGCUCACGGCGACAUCGAGACAAAAUGUCACCUUGAAGUGUUGCCGAAUCCGGAUAUGCCGCUUGUUCGACCGCGUUUCGUGAAUGUCACGGACUACUAUGUUUAUCAAUUUGACGAACUUGUGUUGGCGUGUCGCGUUGAUUCCGUUGCCGAGCCUGUCGUUAAAUUCUACAAAGACGGAAAUCAUUUGCACUUGAACGGCGGCAGGUAUUCGCAAACUGUCGAAGAGAAUGAUACGUUACAUUCGUUGGUUAUUUCGCAUCCGAAUCACGAAGAUAGCGGCUUGUACACGAUAAAAGUGAAAAAUGAUGCAGGCGAAGAAACGCAAGUGCAUCGAAUUGAAUUCUUGGGACGUGAAUCACACAAAAAGAUGGGCGAAGAGAAAAUUACGAUGCCAACGCAUCGUCGUCGAAGGAAAAAUAGUCAAGAGGAACAACAGCGAGACUAUGCCUUUGAGAGAUUAUUGGAAAAACGUGAGCAAUACAAAAAGGCGAAAGCUCUUGGCGCGAAUUUGCCUCAAAAUGAAACGCCCGAAGACGAAGGAGAAAAAGAACCUGAACCAGAGAAACUCACGAGAGCUCAACGACGCGAACGAGAAAAACUUGAAGCUCGAAAUCACUUAUUUUUCGAAGCAACUCUCAAAGAUGUCAUCCAAAUGGAAGGAACAACUGUGAAAUUCGUGUGUUCUGUUUGCGGACCUGAUCCAACAUUCAAAUGGUUCAAAAACAACGAACCAAUAAAUUUCACAAAAACCUUAAAAAAUGACUCAAAAUUGAAUGUUGGUUCGAUAACUAUUCAAAAUGUCUCUUCCAAAGAUGCGGGCACGUAUAAAUGUGAAGUUUCAAACAAAAUGUUCACGAUCGAGUCUGAAGCAAAAUUGACAGUUUUACAAAUCGAAGAUCCAAAUUGCGAGCCUCCGACCAUCACACGAGCAAUAAAGGAAUAUUACACGUCGGUAACGGAUGAUCUCGUACUCGAAAUUCGUGUUCGUGGAAAUCCUCGUCCCAAAGUUCAAUGGAUCAAGGAUUGCUUGGAAGUAGAUAAUCCCGAAUAUUUCGCGCCGGGAAAGUUUUUGCCGAUUCGCGAGGCAAAUGGCGUCUACAAAUUAGCAAUUCACGAUCCACAGCGAGGAGAUUCGGGACGUUAUGUGUUUAUGGCGUCGAAUCCCGGAGGAAAAGUUGACAUUGCGCACGAUGUUAAAGUUAAACCAAAGACGGAAUAUGCUCAUGUACAUGGAAUUACAUAUGCUGAUGUGAAACAGAAGAAAAUUAAGGAAAAUAUUGCCGAACGAAGAAAAUCACAAUUGGAGCAAAUUUCAAGUAUGGUUGCAAAAGUGCAAGAAAAGAAGGAAGAAAUCAAAGAAGAAACCGGCGAAGAUGGGGAAACGCAAGAAAAACGUAAACCUGAAAUUCCCGAAGAUCCGAAAUUCGCCAUCAAACUCUUGAGUAACUUGAAGAACGUUUGUGUGCUUGAAGGAGGACAAGCUCGUCUUGUGUUUUCUAUCGAUGGAUAUCGUCCCGAAUGCAGAUGGUUCAAAGAUGACGAGCCUUUGGAGUUCUCGGGGAACGUUAAAAACAUCUCGAAAGACACAAUUGGCGGCUUGACAAUCCAAAAAGUUGGCGUUAGUGACGAAGGAUUGUACAAAUGUUACAUUUCAAAUCGUUUCUGUGAGAUUUCCACACAGGCACGUGUCGAAGUCAUCCGAAAACCCGAAGAAAAAGGACAACCUCCGAUGUUUACACGUAAAAGGCAUUAUUAUGACGUCACUGUCGAUCAACUUAUCAUGGAAGUACAAAUCAGCGGAUUACCUUUAACUAACAUGAUUUGGUACAAGGAUUGUCGCGAAGUUGUCAAUAACGAGAAAUAUCUUCUGACACGCGAGCCAAAUGGAAUUUACAAACUUUGUAUUGAUUCGCCGGUUCGACGAGAUUGCGGCACGUACGUCGUUCAAGUCGAAAACGCUUAUGGAUUCGAGCAACUGAAACACGAAAUCGAGUUUUGGGACAAGAAUGACUUUGUUCAUGCGAAUCGCGUUGAACAUGCCGAUCCAAAGAAGAAAUGGAAGAAAAUGGAAACUGUUCCUGUCAAACGAAAUGAACUCAUUUACGGAGAUGAAACUGCUCAAGAAACGACAAAACAAGAAUCAAGCUCUCAGAAACGUUAUCGCCCAUUUGAAAUGCCUCCGGAAAUGAGUCGAGCGGAAAAGAAGAAGCAACAAUACAAGCUUGAAUUUAUCACAACGUUACGGAAUCACACUGUCGUUAAAGGAAGUAACAUUAAAUUAUCUUGUUGCACAUCGGAUGCGGUUAAAUUAAAAGUUUCGUGGACCAAAGAUGGCGAGCCAAUUGAAAAAGACAUUCGCAUACGAGAAAAUCUCACGAAAGAGGGAUUUUGCACACUCGAGUUAUUGAAAGUCACGCCAGAUGAUUCGGGAGUUUACGAGUGCAUAGCGAAAACACCGCAAGGCGAAGCAAAAACUCGAAGCACAGUGAAGGUCUAUGAGCUCGAAGCUCCAACAGCUGUUGAUGCACCGCCCGUUUUAGUUACGGGCUUCGUAGACUAUUAUCGACCUGCUUUCAAUGAUAUUGUGAUAGAAUGCAAAAUUACGGGCUCUCCAAAACCUCGUAUCAAAUGGAUUCGUGAUGGAUUGACUGUCGAAUUUGCCGACAAAUACGAAUAUUAUUACAAAGAUGAUGGCACUUGUACACUUGUUGUGAAUCGUCCUCGCAUGAUUGAUUCGGGCAAAUAUAUUCUCAUUGCGAAAAAUUCUGCGGGUGAAUUAGAACUCACACACGAAAUGGUAUUCGAAGGGUAUCAAGAGCUCGCGAAACCCAAAAAAAUCUACACAAUCGAGAUUGAGAACGAAACCAAGCCAAGAGUUUAUCCAAGACCCAAAGAACCAACGCCCGAACCUGUUGUUGAAGCUCCCGUUGAAGCAGAAGAAGAAGUUGUCGUCGAAGAAGAAGAAGUCGUCGAAGAAUUUGUUUCCGACGAAGAAGACGACUAGAUUACCUGAGUGAACGUGAAAAAACAAAGAAAUUAUCACAAUAAUUAGUCAGCUUUGUACGUCUCUGUGUGUAUGCACAAUCAAUUAGAGAAGCAAACAGCAGAUAACGAGUAGUACGGAAAUGUCCUUCUGUGCGUUCAAUUUACGUUCUAAUAUCGAACGAUGACCAACGAAGCACGAAAUUCCUUCCCGUGUUGAUUUUAUAAUUUUUUUCUUAAUAAAUAUUUUUAAUUACUCACACUAAAACUUCCUCA